UUUUUUUUUUCCUCUUCUUCAGGUAGUUGAGGAAGUAGAAGAAUUAAUAAAGGCAGCAGUUGGUGACAUGAGUGUUCAAGAUGUCUGUUACUCUCCUGACACAAAGAAACUUUUGGUCCGUCUCAGUGAUACUUAUGAAAGGUCUGUGUUGGAAGAACUGCAAGUGAGUACACAACGCUUUUUGUCAGUUGAAAAGACGGGAAAAGUGAAAGGGCUCAUCCUCACUCUUAAGGGAAAUUCCAGUGGGAAAGGCUAUGAUUUUUACUCCAGAUAUUUUGCACCUUGGAAUGGAAUUCCAGAGGACCCUGUUACAGGAUCUGCUCAUGCUGUUUUGAGCAGCUACUGGUCAGAAAAACUGGGGAAGAAAGAAAUGCUUGUUCCCAGGGUGGGAAGGUAGUGGGAUGGGAGCAGAGUGCCGCCUGCCCACCUGCUGCCACCUGUUUAGCUUUUGCAGUUCCUAUAAAGCCUCAUCUUGUCCAUACAACACAGUCAUUGCUGGCCAGCAGGAGCCAAAGGAGAGAUCUCUAUUAGGAACUUACACCUUCAGAUGGCAACCAUUCACGGUUUCAGAGCACUCUCCUAAACUGAAUCAGAACUUCCCUCAUUUGUCAUAGUCUCUUGGAAGCCUGGUUGGAUUAAAUGGAUCACUUUCUUCAGUAAC